GAAUCGUUUUGACGCCAAGAWAGCUACGGAUUUGUACCCACGCGUUACAAACCGACGAUUGAASGGGAGAUCGAACCAUGGAUCCAUCAGCGAGCGAAGCCAGAGGCAACAACGCCAAUAGAGGCAGCGAAGACGGAGCCAACAGCAGCAGCAACAACGACGACAGCAACGGCACCACGUUCCGCGCCUCGCGUCCCACACCACUGACUCCAUAUUCCUUCAUCGAUCCCCUCGGCCUAGGAAUGGACUCUCCGUACAUUCUUCCCAACCCUCAGAUGGCAGCAAAUUAUUUUGCCUUUAUGAACGGCUUGAACGGCUCUGCUGCGUCGCCUGCAACAGCAGCUGCAGCUGCCGGAGCCGGAACUGCACCCGCACCUGCUAGCAGCAAGCGAGUGACGGUGCAUAUCGUUGGAACGAACCACAAGAACAAGAACAACAACAGAACCAGCAACAGCAACAGCAACAACAACAACAACAAAGCGAUCAAGGUGCGAAGGCUCGUUAAUGAUCCCAACGUGGUCGUGGAAGACUGGUUGCACGAGUUCCUGUCGAAGGAAGUGCAAAGCGCACAAUUGAUGGAGCUGUUCUCGCCGGGAAGCAAGGCGAAUGCGGUGGUGCUGAGCCUCGGUCCCRUUCGGUCUCUGCACGUCCGGUCGCCAACCCCGGGAAGGUCGACCAAUCCCUCCACGAAGCGAAAGCAGGCCGCACGAACCGACGGAGAACCGAAAUGCCUGCGGUUGGAGCUCGUCUCGGUCGACUCGGACGUCCUGCUGAGUCCCCGGGACGCUAUUUUCGGUCUGAUCGACCCGGAUGAGAAAAUYAUGUUGCGCUCGGGGGGAGUGGGAAGCUGGCAGGACAACCCAUCGUCAUACACAACUACCGCCACGACCGUGGUAGUGGCUGCUCCUUCUAGAACCAAUGGUGGUGCUGGUGCUGGUGCCGGUGCCGAUCCUCGCACUGUUGACCCCAGCGAGCCCACAGCGGCUGUUCCCCCACCUCGUGGUGCAAGAAGCCCUGCAAAGGCUACUAAGGUAUCGGCGGAGACCGCGACUGCUUUCCAAGAACAGAGCGAGGCGUCUCCUCCCAAGAAACGCCAGAAAACACUCAAAAAGCAACAAGAGGAAGGCAUUCCUCCAACUGUGAAGAAAGCAUCGAAGCCMAGCGAUCAAAAAAAUSAAACUCUCUCCACUAAACCCGUGAAGAACCCAACAGUAUCUGCCAAGAAACCAGCAAUUUCCAAGACCGCAGCAGCAGCGUCUUCCAAGAAAAUAGCAAUGGCCGAGACAGCAACAGCAACAGCAUCUACCAAGAAACCGCCAAUGGUCAAGACCAAAGUAGCUGCAGGAUCCAAGCMAGAGAAACCGGCAACUGCCAAGACUACAGCAACAGCAUCUUCAAAGAAAACGGCAAUUKCCAAGACCCCAACUGCAUCUGCUGAGAAACCGGCAAUUAGCAAGACAAAAGCAGCAGCGUCUCCCAAGAAAGCUUCCAUGACAAAAAGCACCAACAGCCCGAAACGCAAAAUCAGUGUCGACGAAACGCCGUCCAAAAAGAGGAAGGCGAGCAAAAAAACUCUCGUGAAGGGCUUCGGGGAACGCGACGUUUUGUUUGGUAGCGGAAAGGAGCAACAUGAACACCUAGGUAACGAAAAAUACCACGAGUACAUCGCGUCAAAAAUUAGCGAUUAYAACAAGCACUCGUCAAAAAGAGAAGGCUUGAUACGCAUCACYGCAGCUAUUUUUCGCUUUUUCAGAAAAAAGAAGGGAAAGUGGGAUCUCGAGGGGGGAGACUCAGAAAUCGUUCACGCUAAGAUCAAGAGCGAUUUCAACAAUGCAUCGAAAGCUAUUGAUAAAAGCACUCCCGGUGAAACACUCGAAUCUGUAUCAAAGAAGCAAGGAAAAGGCAGUCCAGAGAGCAGCCACGACGAAACGUCAAUCGAUUUGAAUGCCAGUCGAAAAAAAACAGUCGCGAACGACAAAUCGGCGAAAAAGGACAUUCUUCGCCCAGAGGUCGACGGCAAGGCCAACCAAGCUAAGAAGAAGGGAGCUUUGGACCCAWCUCGCGAAAAAAGAAGUGACGAUACUAUCAGCAGUGAUGGGGAUCGUGAUCCAUCUUCGCAAAUCAAUAGCACCAAGAACGGCGAUGACAAUGUGCUGUCGGAUGAGACGGACGAAGACAACGAUAGGAGAAAAGAAAYGGAAACAACCAAGAGCAAGGAAAACGUUUCAACCAAAAAUAACGAAGCAACCAAAAGAAAGAAGUCAGCGGACAAGAGRAGAAUGGCUGCCGAUAGGGACAACAGCUCUGUAAGUGAUGACGACGAUGAGGACAGAGACUGGUUGGACUCCAAAAUUGAAACGGAUACGAAGCCAUCAGCUCCGAAAGAGAUAGGACACAAAAAAGUGCAAGAACCACAAAAGAAGGAYCCCUCUUCAAGACCGAAAAGUGCCAUUCCUGCMAAAUUACAACCUGAGAAAAAGAAUGCCACGAAGAAAAAUGCUCACCCACCACGUGAUGACAUCUCUGAUGGCGACGACGAUUCAAGUACUAGUUCGAGUGAUGACUCAAGCACAAGCUCUUCUUCGACAUCAUCGUCAUCGUCCUCCUCGUCCUCSUCMUCCUCAUCGGAUAGUGACGACGAUUCUUCGACUAAUGGUCAGAAUGCCGUAGUAAAAAGGAAAUCAGUAGUAGUGCCAAUCAGUAAGAAGAGUCAAGGAGCCAAAACCACCACCCAAAAAAAGAAAYCUAAGAGGAAACCACUGUUGGAUCCAAACAAACCAUUGCUUUUUCCCGACACGAACCGCCGUCUAACGUUUGGUGAAGAUGAGGCCUAAUCUGAUAGAAUGACGAGGAAUCAAAACUUCGCUGUUCUUUUCCCAAAAUAUCUGAUCUUAGAACGACKAUGUGAUGUGGUGCGAACGAAUAGAAGAGAAUAGAAUUUCCUUAUCUAG